CAGGCCCGCCCCUCCCCACCGGACUAUUUGGUUGGCCAGCGCCCUUGUACGUAAUUCACCCAGGCAACCCGGAAGCCGUGGUUGAUACCGACCACUGUUAUUGCCGGCGGGUCUAAGGAGCGCAUCAUGGCGACACCCCCUAAGCGGCGGGCUGUGGAGGUCACGGGGGAGAAAGUGCUACGCUAUGAGGCCUUUGUCAGUGACGUGCUGCAGCGGAACCUGCGAAAGGUGCUGGACCAUCGCGACAAGGUAUAUGAGCAACUGGCCACAUACCUUCAACUGAGAAAUGUCAUUGAGCAACUUCAGGAAGCUAAGCACUCGGAGUUAUAUAUGCAGGUGGAUUUGGGCUAUAACUUCUUCAUUGACACACUGGUCCCAGACACUUCACGAAUCUAUGUGGCCCUUGGAUAUGGGUUUUUCCUGGAGUUGACAUUAGCAGAAGCUCUCAAGUUCAUUGAUCGUAAGAGCAAUCUCCUCACAGAGCUCAGCAACAGCCUCACCAAGGACUCCAUGAAUAUCAAGGCGCAUAUCCGCAUGUUGCUAGAGGGGCUUAGAGAACUACAAGGUAUGCAAAAUUUCCCAGAGAACCCUCACUAUUGACUUCUCCCUCUCCCCAGAUAUUAAAGAGCGUGAAUGCCGUUGAG